GUAUCUCUCUAUGUAAACCAAAUGAUUAUCGGUGGUUACUGGCAUUGUGGUGAUGAAUGGCCGCCUUGCUCAGUGUGCGCCUACUCUGUUUUUCUCCAGUUCAUUAAUUUACAAGCUAGCAAAACUUGCAUAGAACAAAUCCUUGCUCCCUCUGAGCCGUGUGACUGAUAAUUACACAUAUAUCUUUAAAUCCUCUGAUAUUUGAUAUCAUAAUGGAUAAAACUACCGAUGGACUGGCAUUCCAUCCAGACAGAAAUAAUGGUGCUGAAGACGUGCCAAUGACUCUGGCUAAUGUUGAUGAGAGAAUUGCUAUCCUUGAUGCUGGUGCUCAGUAUGGCAAGGUGAUCGAUCGUAAAGUCCGAGAAUUGAAUGUUGAGUGUGAAAUUUUACCGUUAGACACACCAGCGUAUGUACUGAAAGAGAAGGGAUAUAAGGCUAUCAUAAUAUCCGGAGGUCCAAACUCAGUGUACGCCGAGGAUGCGCCUCGAUACGACGGCGACAUUUUUCGAAUAGGAAUUCCCGUACUAGGGAUUUGCUAUGGUAUGCAGAUGAUGAAUAAAGAAUUUGGUGGUACCGUGAUAAGAAAAGAAGGCAGAGAGGAUGGACAAUUUUCGAUUGAAAUAGAUACCAAGUGCCUGCUAUUCAAGGGCAUGCAAAAAGAACAAUUAGUGCUGCUUACCCACGGUGACAGUAUAGACAGGGUUGCUGAUUGUUUCCGUACAACAGCUACAUCAUCUAACUUCAUUGUUGCUAUAGCCAGUGAUAAAAUGAAUUUGUACGGAGUACAGUUUCAUCCUGAGGUAGAUUUAACACCCAAUGGUAAACAAAUGUUACACAAUUUUUUGUUUGGUAUUGUUGGAUUAUCUGGUAAUUAUACAAUGAGAGGUCGUGAAGCAAUGUGCAUUCAAUACAUCAGAGAAACAGUGGGUAAUAAUAAAGUACUGCUGUUAGUCAGUGGAGGAGUUGAUUCAACUGUAUGUGCUGCACUUCUUCAUAAAGCACUCAAUAAGGAACAAGUUAUUCCAUUGCACAUAAAUAAUGGUUUUAUGCGGAAGGGAGAAACACCAUUUGUUGAGCAGAGUUUGGCGCAAUUGGGUAUUAAACUUCGUAUUGUUAAUGCAGCCCACAAUUUCAUGGAAGGCACAACGUCAGUACCACUUGAUGAUGGUUUACUAGCUAACGCUACCAAUAAUAAGGCUAUUGGUAGUACGCCAAUUAGUCCCAGGAAUAGAUUCACGAAAAUACUCUGCCAGACGACUAAUCCUGAGGAAAAGCGAAAGAUUAUUGGUGAUGUUUUUGUGAGAGUAGCUAAUGAUGCUAUGACUGAAAUGGGACUCAAACCUGAAGAAGUUUUUCUUGGACAGGGAACACUCAGACCUGAUCUCAUCGAGAGCGCCAGUGCAUUAGCAAGUGGCAAAGCUGAUGCCAUUAAAACUCAUCACAAUGAUAGCGAUCUCGUGAGAGCUCUCAGAGAUCAGGGCAGAGUAGUAGAGCCUCUGAAGGAUUUUCAUAAAGACGAAGUACGACAAAUUGGGUGUGAUCUUGGAUUACCAUCACCUCUCGUCCAACGACAUCCCUAUCCUGGCCCUGGCCUAGCCAUUCGGAUUCUCUGCGCUGUUGAACCGUUCAUGGACAAGGAUUUUUCAGAAACUCAAGUUAUUGUAAAAAUCAUGGCGGAGUAUGAGCAAAUGCUUCAGAAGAAGCACGCAUUACUGAAUCGUGUCGAAGGUGCAACAAGUGAAGCCGAACGUCAGUGCCUGCGAAGGGUGUCAAGUAGUCAUCACAUUGCGGCAACACUCUUGCCAAUUCGAAGUGUCGGCGUUCAAGGCGACCGAAGAAGUUACAGUUACGUGGUUGGUCUGUCCCUUGAAGAUGUUGCACCGGAGGCGAUCAAUUGGGAUGAUCUCGUCUUCCUUGCAAAACUCAUACCUCGUGUGUGUCACAAUGUCAAUCGUGUAUGCUAUAUAUUUGGGCCCAUGGUGCAUCAUCCAGUUACAGACAUUACCCCGACCCAUUUAACAUCAAGUGUCAUAUCAACACUCAGACAGGCUGAUCAUUUAGCUAAUCAAGUAUUGGCUAGUAAUGGUUGCAUGGGGACAAUCAGUCAAAUGCCAGUCGUUCUCAUUCCUGUGCACUUUGAUCGAGACGCUGCCUCAAGGGCACCAUCGUGUCAGCGCUCUGUUGUACUCAGGCCAUUCUGUUCCAGUGAUUUCAUGACUGGUACACCUGCAAUUCCGGGAAAUCAGUUGCCAGUGCAUGUUGUCAAGAAAAUUGUAUCAGAAAUAUCAACAGUACCCGGUAUCUCCCGUGUCCUUUAUGAUCUAUCAUCGAAACCCCCAGGCACAACCGAGUGGGAGUAGUCAACAAUUGAUGCUUGUAUCAAUCCCCGCCCCUCCCCCCUUUCUAUUUUUUCACCAUCCAUUGCGCAUAACAACAACCGAAAACUAAAGCAAACAAAAACUAUAUUUAGAAGAAUAUAUCUGUUAUGAAAAGUAAACGAAAAAUUUGAGAAUCCGAUAAAUUGAUGAAUUCUUACUGAUUUAUAUUGCAAAAGGCAGGAAAAAAAAAUACACGAGAGCUAGUUAUCAAUUAUCAAUGAGGAAUUCUUCAAUAUAAGCAGAUAUAUUGCUCCUCUUUUGAUACGUAAAAACAGAAUGAAAGAGGAAAGAUAUUAAUACAGUUAUAAUGAAUAAGUCAUUGCGCUGAUUAAGGAAUGGUGGUAUUGUGUACAUUAAGGUCGAAGGUAAGUAUAUCAUGUUUGCUUGUAAAUAUGUUUGUAUUAGGUCAAUUGUAAAAUGAUAAUUUAUUCAAGACUUAAAAGUGGAGAAAACAAACAAGAAACCCAACAAAAAAAACUCAAUAUAAAAAAAAAAAAUUACACGUUGUCAUACUCGAUCACUUUUGCAUUCGCGAAGGUUGCAUCUGAUUGCUGGUAGCAUUAGAUUGCUGUUGUACUCAAUCUGCAUACACUGUUGGACGUAUUCAACCGUUUUCCUGUAGGUUCCAUGCCAAACGCAACUUCCAGUCUCGGUCAUACAUCUUAAGCAAACAAACAUGUAGUGAAUUUUAAUGUAAUUUUUAUCAUAAUACCACUGUUUGUUUUAUUACUAAAGAGAAAAAAAAAUAAAUAAGGAAAAAAAUAUUAAAUAACCCCUAUUA